AUGGAACUACUUCGAUUAAGUUCUAAUCAUGUUGAAUUCAACUACAACAAGUACGAUAACAUGCAAUCAAACAUCACCCUCUACAAUGAUACUCUCACCCCUAUUGCUUUCAAAUUCAAAGCCUCCAAUCGAAAUAUCUUUCUAGUAAGACCAGCCAUUGGAAUAGUCUAACCUAAACAAAACCAAGUAGUGCAUGUCACUCUCCACUGCAAAGUCCUUGAAAAUGCUAUGACUAAUGAAUUCAAUGAGAAAUUGCAAUUGAACUCUAUUCCAAUUUUCUCAGGAAUCCAAGACCCAGUAGCCAUUUUCAAAGAUCCCAGCAGACCAUCUGAUAACCAAAAAAUCAGCAUAGCCAUCUAAACUAUGGACAAAAAGAUCACAUCAUAGGGUUGUGGGGGUCCUGAACAAGUGUUUUAGUCACUUCAUAAAUAGAAUAGUCAAUUGGAUUUUCACAACGACACCACAGAACCAAAAUUUGAUUAAACCAGAUUUCAAGCCAGCAACAACCCACCUAAUUUUGAACUGUUGUAGUAAGAGUUGGCAAAAAAUGAAUAGCAACUUUUGAACUUGCAAAAAACUCACAGCAAUUCAAUCUUGAAACCAAAGAACGAACCCAAUAAAAACUCUAAAGAUACUAUCCUUAUGAUAAUCGUAAGCAUCAUGUCGUUCUACUUAAUUUUGCGAUAUUUUGAUUUAACAAAUAGAAUUAUUCCAAAAUGAUAACAAAUAAAUAAAUAUCAAUAUAGAAAUUCUUAUUAUUAAUAUAUAAAACUA